UCUCUAUUCUCACAAUUUCACACAAUCCUAACCCUAACCUCUCUUUCUUAUUAUUCAGUUUCAGUUAUUUACACAUUGCACAACACUACUGAACUAACCUCAAUGCCAUUCCAGUUAGUCCAAAUCUAUAUUAAACUUAUAGGGUAACAUUAAGAUUAAUUUGAUAUUUUACAAUUAUGUCAUCAUUAGAAAGUCAACCUUCAAAUGCUCCUGAACACUGUCCUGGAACCCAAAGUGAAUCAGCUGGAAAGGCAUCUGCUUGUCAAGGUUGUCCCAAUCAGUCAAUUUGCUCGUCCGGCGUUCCUAAAGGGCCUGAUCCAGGGGCAGAGUUGGUGAAGGCUCGGCUCGCCUCAGUCAGGUACAAGCUGCUAGUGUUGUCUGGCAAGGGAGGUGUUGGCAAAAGCACCUUCUCCUCCCUACUCACUCGAUGUCUUGCUGCCAACGACCCCGACAGAAAUGUAGCGUUGCUAGAUUUAGAUGUGUGUGGCCCGUCGGUGCCACGGAUUAUGGGAGCCGUCGGUGAAGAGGUUCAUCAAAGUGGCUCUGGAUGGUCGCCUGUGUUUGUGGAGGACAACUUGUGUGUGAUGUCUAUCGGCUUCUUGUUGGCAUCGGCAGACGACGCUGUCAUCUGGCGAGGACCCAAGAAAAAUGGUAUGAUCAGACAGUUCCUCAGUGAGGUGGACUGGGGUGACAGUGUGGACUACCUAGUGCUGGACACUCCCCCGGGAACAUCAGAUGAACACCUGUCAGCAGCUACAUACCUCAAGACAUGUCCUGGCCUGGCUGCCAUCAUAGUCACCACACCUCAGGAGGUUUCACUAUUAGAUGUAAGGAAGGAAAUCGACUUUUGCCGAAAAGUCAACAUCCCAGUGUUGGGAGUCGUGGAAAAUAUGAGUGCCUUUGUCUGUCCCAAAUGCAAGGUACACUCCAGUAUAUUCCCUGCUGACAGUGGGGGAGCCGCACAGAUGUGUGUAGACCUAGGAGUGCCCUUGUUAGGACAAAUGCCACUAGAUCCUAUGUUGGCCAGGUGUUGUGACGAGGGUCGAGACUUCCUGUCAGAGAUGCCUGAAUCUCCUGCUGUAGCAGCGCUCAAGCAGAUCGUCAACAAGGUGGUACUUAGUUGUGAAGAGACAACAUUGAUAUCAACGUGAAGUCUCCUUUCUACAGCUAGCUCAAGUAAUAGAUUACUUUUUAGGGAUUAAUUUUUUGUAAUAUAGGCCUAUACAUUUAUUGAAAAUUAUACACUAUUAAAUA